GUGCCGUUUAGAUGAAGUAUUUCAUAAGCUUCUUGACGAUGAAAACCAAAAAGAGCAGUAAUACUAAUGGCAGCGUCGAGUCUUUUUGGCGCGUUGGGAAAAUAGCAUCGCGGCGAAUUCAAUUUUCUCCGUCUCAGAAGCCUCCUUGGAGCUUUCGCAAGUCGAUCUGGAACGAAAUUAGGGUUUCUAUUUGACGAGGUUCUCAAUUACAAUCCAAAUAGGAAGUGUUAUGGGUGGCAACGAUGAAUCUUCUAAACAAGUUAUUGAAAGCCUUACUGAAAUGGGAUUUGAGAAUUCUGAUAUAAUGGAAGCUGUAAAAGCUGUAGGUCCCUCACUUGAUGCGGCAGUUGAGUAUAUUCUCAAUGGCUGUUGUAGAAACAGUAAGGAAGCAUCAACUAGUUCUAAAUCUUGUGUGAGCAACAGAAAGUCGCAGGGCAAGAGAGACUCAAUUUCGCGUUGUAUAGGUCAAACGCGGCAGUCCAGCAUUCUAGAUCAUUUCCAGUCCAACAGAGGCAGAGUUAGUGGUAUAACUAAUGCAUCUGCCUCUAGAUCAGAGGUCGUACCUGGUCCUUUGGAAGUGGACCAGGGACUAUUGCCUGCUGCUACUUGUAACCCUGAAACUCUCCCAGAAACGUUGCCAGUUUGCUGUUUGAACAAGCUGGACAUUGGAUCAGAUUGGGAAGAGAAGGUUAAUAAUCUGUUGAAGAAGCUUUUUGGUUAUUCAUCUUUGAAAAGUUUCCAGAAGGAAGCAUUAGCUGCUUGGCUAGCUCAUCAGGACUGUCUAGUACUUGCUGCAACAGGAUCUGGUAAAUCUCUAUGUUUUCAGAUUCCAGCUUUAUUGACUGGGAAGGUCGUUGUUGUGGUUUCACCCUUGAUAAGCUUGAUGCAUGAUCAGUGCUUAAAACUAUCAAAACAUGGGGUCGCUUCUUGUUUUCUUGGAUCUGGGCAAUCUGAUAGCAGUGUGGAACAGAAGGCAAUGAGGGGCAUGUAUAGUAUCAUAUAUGUUUGUCCAGAGACAAUUCUAAGACUGGUUGAGCCACUGCAAAAGCUAGCAAAAAGUCGUGGAAUUGCACUGUUUGCAAUUGAUGAAGUACAUUGUGUAUCUAAGUGGGGUCAUGAUUUUCGGCCAGACUAUAGGCGAUUGUCUGUGUUGCGAGGAAAUUUCAUUGACAUACCACUGAUGGCAUUGACUGCUACUGCCACAGUUCAGGUUCGAGAAGAUAUUAUUAAUUCUUUGCACAUGUCAAAGGAAACAAAGAUUGUGCUGACUUCAUUCUUUCGCCCAAAUUUACGGUUCUUGGUAAAACAUAGUAGAACAUCUUCAUCAUCUUCAUAUGAGAAGGAUUUCAGCCAAUUGAUAGGCAUGUAUGCCAGAAAGAAAAAUAUUGGUGGAAAGAAACAGACUGUAAUCUCUCAAGAAUUUGAUGAUCAGUCUGAUUCGGAUCAUUCUUUUCUAAGUGGUUUGGAUGACUUUGGGGCUGGUGGCAUUGGUGAAGAUGAUGAAAUAAAUUCUACAAAGGGAAAUGCCUCUACUGUUUCAAAGGAGAAGGAAAUGUCAAUUGAAUAUUUAGAAAAUGAUGUUGAUGUUUUUCGGAGUGUGGAUGAUUGGGAUGUUGCUUGUGGUGAAUUCUGUGCAAAGGCUCUUUGUGAAGACUGGGAUGCAAAUGAGAUGGUUGAGACAAUUGAUCAACCAAAUGAAUUAGAGAAAGGAUUGAAACUUCUGGGAGAGCCUCUAGAGAAGGGGCCUACAAUAAUAUAUGUUCCAACAAGGAAAGAAACCUUGAGCAUUGCCAAGUAUCUUUGUGAUUUUGGAGUGAGAGCUGCUGCUUACAAUGCAUCGUUGCCAAAAUCACAUCUAAGGAAGGUUCACAAAGAAUUUCAUGAAAACUCACUAGAGGUUGUUGUUGCAACCAUUGCUUUUGGAAUGGGCAUUGACAAGUCGAAUGUCCGAAGAAUUAUACACUAUGGUUGGCCACAGAGUUUGGAAGCAUACUAUCAAGAAGCAGGCCGAGCUGGAAGGGAUGGGAAAUUAGCAGAUUGCAUUUUGUAUGCGAACCUAUCAAGAGUACCUACUCUUUUGCCAAGCCGAAGAAGUGAAGAACAGAAAAAGCAGGCCUAUAAAAUGUUAUCUGAUUGCUUCAGAUAUGGAAUGAAUACUUCAUGCUGUCGAGCGAAAACAUUGGUUGAGUAUUUUGGGGAGCAAUUUGGUUAUGAGAAGUGUCUGUUGUGUGAUGUGUGCGUUGAUGGACCUCCUGACAUGCAGGAUUUGAGAGAGGAGGCAAAUACUUUAAUGCAAAUUAUUGCUGCUCAUUAUGUAAGUGUUGGUGGCAAUUUAGUUCUUUAUAGCAAUUCGAUUUUUAGAUUCCUGGCGCAAUUUUAUUAUGUCCAGUCAGGCCAAAAUGGGGAUAUUUUCUUAACUCUGACUAUCUCUAUCACAUAUGUUCAGGAUGGCUUGUAUGAUGAUUUUAUAUGUAGUGAUACUGAAAGACAAAAGCUCAUGGCAAAGCCAAACCUCCGAAUGUUUGUUAGUAAAAUAAGGGAGCAGUCCCAAAAAUUUCUAGCCACUGAUCUGCUCUGGUGGCAAGGUCUUGCUCGAAUCAUGGAAGCAAAAGGAUAUAUCAGAGAGAGAUGUGAUGAGAUCUAUGUUCAGAUAAAAUUCCCAGAGCCAACGAGAAAGGGGCUGGAUUUUGUGCAGUAUGAAAGGGAUCAAGCUUUCUAUGUUUACCCUGAGGCAGACAUGCUUCUCUCCCUGAGAAAAACCAGAUCCUUUUCCACUUUCUCACAAUGGGGAAAGGGCUGGGCUGAUCCUGAGAUUCGUCGGCAAAGGCUGGAAAAUAUUCGAGCUAGCAAACAGCCACGACACUCACGAAAAAGAAAAAGAAAAUCAAGAAAGUUUAGCAUGGAUUUGAAAACUGCCCGCGGUAGAAUAAUGGCAAAAGUCUUGAAAAAGAAGUAAAAUAGCAGGAUUGUCUUUCUCUGUUCUCUUUUUUUUUUUUUUUUACCAUUUUGUUGGAAUGUGUAUGUGAAGGUAAUAGCAUGGUUCUUCUUCCUUCAUAUGUUAAGGUAACCUUGGUUAUGGGGUAGAUGUAGAAUUCUGUUGUGUUUUAAAAUGUCAUUUUUAAUAUUUAGAAAAUCAUUGAAAUUUGGAUAAUAAAAUAUCAACAAAACA